AUGAUUUUUGAAACUAUCGGCCCAAUUGCCAGCCUGAACACGGCGAAGUGUUUAAUGGCGGUAUAUGGGAUGCGGGCAGCGAUGUGCAGUAAACGUUGUGCGGAGUGCCGUCGACUCUGCUCAGGCACCAAACCAUAUCCCCCUCCUCAUGUCCACCAUACGUUACGUUCACGGGCGCGGUCCUCACAUUGUCGCCACCCCGGUUCAGACGACGGACACGUCAUUGACGCUAAGGAUCUCCCUGCCAUUCCGAGCCAGGGAAUCUGGGAGGGAGAACUAGAAGCAAGUGACCCGCCAUCCUCCCCUGGGCUGGGUCCUGCGCACGCACACGGGCAGAAAGGGCGCUACGUCGAUAUUGUAGAUCUGGCCAACAAGAUCAGCCAUUGGCCCCUCGCCGACAAAAUAUUCGGCGACCUGCAAGAACGACCCGGUUUCCCUCGGCUCUACGACACCUCCACUGUCCGCCUCAACAUUUCUUCACAGGACUGGCAAGCAACAAGGCAAUUCAUCCAAGACCAACCGUCACUACUACAUUGUCUAUCCUUUGUGUACAACCCGGCCAUGAGCAAUCUCACGGUAUACGGCCCAACAAGUCUGCACCAAUGGGUCAACAAUUGCUUGGCGGGUCAAGUCGGCGACGCUGCCGUCGUCUCGCCCUCCCAAGUCAUUCGCAUGGACGGGGCGCGCGGACUUCUCACCGCCAACGUAGCACACAUCCCGGACGCCGUGAUGACUGUGUCCACAUCGAAGAAACUAUCGCCAACCCGUUUAAUCCACAUCUCUCGCGACACGUACGUGAACGAGACAUCGUACACCCAGAUCCUCAAGAAGGUGCUGCCACAGAUCCACACCACAAUGUGCGUGAAGCACAAAAGGGGUCCUCUUCUGUUCACCGUGAUCAACUUAGAAGAACUCGCCUACAUCGACCCUGAUGAAGAGAAUUCGCAGCCGGACGAGGACGGCUUUGUAGCGGGAGGCGGCAUGGUGACGACAUCUGUCUACCGGCUGGAAGCGCGGAGACCAGAGGAUCGGGCCGAUCUGGAGGUUUGCCUCAGAAGGUUUUGGGAGAAGAAGGACUGGCAGAUUUGGAACUAUUGCGUGCCCGUCCAACACAGAUACAUCGCCGGGUCGACAGUCGCUGAAUUGCACGAUCACGUCGUCAACAAGACAAACGACGCACCCCUCAUACAUCGCUUGGAGAACGAGGCACGAGACACGCCGAACUUCUCGCUGCCAGCCAUCCCCGACCCCAUCCCUAAACUAGUCGACGACAUUCAAAUCGCCGCGUACCAGCUGGCGGUGGACAAAUGGAACAAUAGCAACUACCGCGUUGACGACAACCUCCCGGAGGAUGCGCUCAAAGGUGCCGAUGAGCGAGCCAUGAUCCUGGAGGUUGCUAAGUGUCUGAAAUGCCGUCUCGACGGACCUCUGUCGUCCGGGGAGGACGAUAUCAUCGCGAACUUCAACAAGAGGAGGCGCGCGAACACGCUGCCGCUGCAGACGGAGUCCGUCCUGUUGCAGGAUGAUACGUCGCAGGAGACCCUCGUCACGGACAGGGUGCACAGCGACGACUCGGCCAACACUUCUGCUAAUACCUCUUUUGAGUCGCAGAGCGGGCAGAGCAGUCACUCCGCCCACAGCUCCUACGACGAUGACGACAACCUGCGCACAGCCGACAUCCUCUCACUCGCCACCGGCCGUGAGCUGAGGAGCGAGACUCGGCGGCGUUCUAUGAUCACUCCACUUUCCGUCGAUGAAACUGAACAGCAGAAUCUGAUUGCGCUGCUUGAAAGCAUACCCAACCUCAAUCAAGUCUUGCAGGACUUGCUGGCACGGUUACAAAGCAACGGGUACAUUCCUAGGGAAAAAUCGAGUCAGUCAGGUUCAUACCACAGUAACCCUAGAAUCAUCAGCACUGAGCAUGGAGAACACAGUCUCCUCCUCUCAGCUGUCUGUUGA